CCCUUCGUUGCCUGUUUAAGGGGAGACUUUUAAGUAUUUAGGAAUUUAAACUUUGACAUGGAACUGUUUAUAGUGGACGGAGAAUUAACUUUAACAACUUUUCCGUGUCGUGGUAUAGUGCUAUGACAGUAUUUUAAUAUAAAAACGAGUUAUUUCGAUUGUAAACACUGCAAAUGUUGAAAUUCAUAAACAAAAUGGAGAAUGACAACGUCCUAUUUGAAGCUGCUGAACUGAUCAAAGAUCGAUUGUACUUCGCCACUCUCCGAGGCAAACCGAAGAGCACCGCGAACGCACAUUACUUCUGCACGGACGACGAGCUCGUCUAUGAAAAUUUCUAUGCAGAUUUCGGGCCCCUUCAUCUGGCCAUGCUCUACAGAUACUGCUGUAAACUCAACAAGAAGCUGAAGUCCUUCACUCUUUCCAGAAAGCGCAUUAUCCACUACACCAGCUACGACCAGCACAAGAGAGCCAACGCCGCCUUCCUGAUCAGCGCCUACGCCGUAAUCUACUUGAAGAGAACGCCAGAGGAGGUCCACGAUGCACUGACAUCUGGCACCAACGUUUCAUACAUGCCCUUUAGAGACGCUGCCUUCGGGAGCUGCACGUACAACCUCACCAUUCUCGACUGUUUGAAAGGCGUCCAUAAGGCCCUGCAGCACGGCUUCUUCGACUUCGAGACCUUCGACGUCGAGGAGUACGAGCAUUAUGAGCGUGUAGAGAACGGAGACUUCAACUGGAUUGUACCAGGAAAACUACUGGCCUUCAGCGGUCCUCAUCCCAAGAGCAAAAUCGAGAACGGAUACCCGCUCCACGCUCCUGAAGCCUACUUCCCCUACUUCCGUCAGCACGACGUCACCGACGUGGUCCGGCUCAACAGGAAGAUCUACGAAGGACGCAGAUUCACAGACGCCGGCUUCGCGCAUCACGAUCUGUUCUUUAUGGACGGCAGCACGCCCAGCGACCUCAUCGUCCGCCGCUUCUUACACAUCUGUGAGACGGCAGACGGCGCUGUUGCCGUCCAUUGCAAAGCUGGUCUGGGCAGAACGGGCACUCUGAUUGGCUGCUACCUCAUGAAGCAUUAUGGCUUCACAGCUGCAGAAGCUAUCGCCUGGAUCCGCAUCUGCAGGCCUGGUUCUGUCAUUGGACCCCAGCAGAACUUUCUAGAACAAAAACAGCACAGCAUGUGGGUGGAUGGAGAUCUGCACCGAUCCAAACAGCAGAGGCAACAGCAGCAGCAUCAAAGCAGAGACUUGCUCCAUCUCAUCUCCGGCAUGGACCACGUCUCCAUCAGCAGCACCAGCCUGAACGCCCAAAACGUCGACGAGAAGGACCAGUUGUUAGGAGACAACGUGGCUCUAACUCAGGGGGACAAACUGCGAGCACUGAAGUGUCAGCGUCCUCCGAGGUCUCCGUCCACUUACAGUGGAUUAUCUCCUGCACCUGGUACCAUUUCUCCUUUAAAGUCUUCCAAAAUUAAUCUCCCAUUUUCCGGUGCCCCUCUGCCAAGGCGGCUGGCACGAAGCCCCUCGUCGUCUGCAGGAAACCUAAAAAGCUUUAAACCCCGCUUGGCCCGCUCCCUCGGAAACCUCUACAGUCCAGACAGCUUCAGAGACGAGGACAGUGGCGUCUCUUCAGCCUCGUAUUCCACCCGUUCUCCCCUUUUCGUUCCCCCGUCCGUCCUGUCCACCCCCCAUCCUCCGCCUGCCGCUAGCUUUGGAUACCCUGCGCUGAGCUUUCAACAGGAGCCAGAAAACAUCAACGAUCCUCCCGCUCCUCCACUCAGGCCUGCAAAGAGAGGGACUUUCCGGCCGAAUCCCAGAGUCCCGGUCCGACCCGGACUUGGUAGGCUCACGGGUCGACAUCUUAGCCGCUCUAUACCUUCCCUCCAGUCUGAAUAUGUGAAGUACUGAGACGGUGUUGCUGCGAAGACCCAGGCUACAGGAAAUCUCUUCCUUCCCUAUUGCAAUCUGCCAUGCUGGUCGAGGAGAGUGACAGGCUAGCACCUGCCUCCUCUGAUAUGCAUAAAUUGUCGGAUUCUUACAGAGAGCCCAAACAUUUGUAUUCCUCGACCAGUAGAAGUUGCAGUUGCAGUUGCAGCGGACUCCCUAUACAACCUUUCAUACCUUAGACAUGGCCAAUUGUGUAUUAGACCCAUGCACAUGUACCAGUUUUUAAAAAUAAAAAAGAAUUUCUAGUAAAUAA